UUCUUCUAUUCCGUCCUCAACCAUUUGAACCAUUUGAACCAUUUGAAGUCUCAAGGUUACCUGAAAAAGUGUUUUAUAAACAGCUGGAAUUUCCGGGGUAUUGGGUUGUGGUUCUUUUUUAUUUUCACUCGUAAAAACACUUGAGAAUGUUUAAAAUACACAAAAUUACAUCGAAAACUAAUUAAGACCAGCAGAUGUACGGGAAAACGCAGCUAACUGUAUUGUCUAAUCCACGGUAAAGUUAUCUCAUACGAAACUUUUCGAAAAUGUAACCCGUUUUAAAGAAAGUAGUUUAGAUCUUGUAUCAUUCAAAUGUGUAUCCUUAUCUGCUUGGCAACCGCCAAUUAUAUUUCGCAUAUGCGAAGUAUUUUUUUAGUUCGUCCAUGAAGUAUAUAAAAUAUUAUCCGAACUAUCUAUAUUCUGGAUUUACUGGGUAGUAAUUAUACUGAAUUUUCGUAUUCAUUGUUGUCUAUAUGUGCACGAAGUUAAUCAUAAGCAACAUGGUGACUGAAGUCUAUAUAUUUUUUCUUGCACGGGUAGCGUAUGUCUUGCUUUUCUGUAUCAAUAAUAUGGAGUGAUGUAAUCUGUUCAGCCGCUGCAUCGUUUGUUCUAGUUCCAACUCUAACCAGUAGUACAUAUUAUCACCCUUUGAAUUUCUGAUAUACUAUUCCCAAUAAGCAACACACGUUGCCUUCAACUGAAAUCCAGUCCUCUCAUUGCUUUAUGUAUAUCUGCAUGGCCAUGAGAAGCUACUGUAAAGUUUUUUGUAUAAAUCGUCCCAACAUUCCGCAUUGGUUAGAUGUUGAUUGACUUACCAUAUGUAUUUACUCCAUGCUGUUUUCGGUAACACAGUGGUUUAGGAUUUGUAAGUUUUGGCCACUGAAACGUAAGGCUGGAACACCAAAAACACGUUUUCUGGGGGCUGCGAAUAACAGUCCAUAAGCUCCAGUCGUAAACAUCGGUCGCACAUACAAAGAAGAGGCUAAUAGGGAGGGUUAGUAACAGGAAUAGAAACUAGACGACAAUAUGUUUGAUGCAACGGUUAGUAUUUAAAAUGAUUUGCGGACUGUUAUUAACUCGUGAUGGCUGACUAGGCGACAAAUAGUUUUUUAUUCGUGGAAGUUAAACAUGGAGUCGGGUUGUUUUUUGUAGUUUCAUUGACCUGUAUUCAUUUAUGCAAAGCGUGUUAGACAACUGUUCGAGUCUGAUCCAUCACGGCCUUUUCGUAUAUUGAGUCCACACAUAUGUGCUUUGUUUUUGAGUUACCAUGAGAAAUAUCACGAUAGGUAUAGUUAGGUUGUUGUAAAUGAAGCAUGUUUCAAAAUCUUUGGAAAAUAGCAUUACCAAUGGUGCUAUUUAUUGGUGAAAACCACCUGAUUAUUUUCGCAAUUUUAGUACAAUUAGCAGCAAAACCUAGACUUGGAAUUUACUGUAUUCCAUCAAAAUUCUCAAACUGACCCAAUUGAAAUAGAACAGCAGAAAAUAAGUGUUCCACUUCAUUUUCCACAAGAUUUUCAUCACAAUAAGCUAGUUUCAUGAUCGAACCGCUUUAAUAGCGUUGGUUACUAGAAAUAAUUUUAUCACUGAACAGUGACAUGAUCUUGUAGUCUAGUCAUUUAUAAUUUAUGGUCAGUGGGUUUAAUGAAACAUCGCACUAUCCUAGUUCUUAUUUUCAUGACAUUACACUAUUAUUCUAAACUGUCUUAGUAAUAUAAGUAAACGAAAAGACAUUAGUAAAACUAUGCAAUGUGGGUAAUCGUCUAUACGCUCUUUAUAGAUGUGAAUCUAUCUUGGUGUUUUUCUGUAGAUGAGUCGUCUAGAUGACUUCAGAGAAGAUUGUUUCAGAGCGCACAAUGAAAAAAGACUUCUUCAUGGUGUAUGUGCCUUACGACAUAGUCUCGCCUUGGAUAAAACGGCCCAGGAUUGGGCCCAAGCACUAUUGUCAGAAGAUGGGAUAAAAAAUAGCCCACUUUCUAGUCGAGGUGAAGUUGGUGAAAGUAUCAGUGUGCGCACAAGCACAGGAUCUCAUGUGGAUAUGCAAGGUCAUGAAGUCGUAAAUACAUGGCAUUCAGAUGCCGAAAAUUAUAAUUAUGAAAACGGUAAAGGACCUGCAGGUAACUUUACACAACUGGUAUGGAGUUCAACCCGUGAAGUUGGCUUCGGUAAAGCCUGUGGUCCUGGAAAGUGUGUCGUUGUAGCGCACUAUCGUCCUCCAGGAAAUGUACUAGGUCGUUACUUGGAGAAUGUUUUUCGUCCAAAAAAGUCAGUGAAGGAUGUUAAACAACCAAUACGCAACACAUUUGCUUUAAAUAAUGAUACCCCAAAGACAGUUAUUACUGAAACACUGACAGAAAGUGAUGGGAAACAGUACAGUGUUCGAAGGGAGAUCUCUGACUUGACUGAUGAUAAAGGAAAGACAAGGCGAUGUAUUAACGAAGUCUAUACAGAUGCUUGUAAAGAGCAGAAAAAAGCGGAAUCAAGUAUCUCACCAGACGGCCAUUUAGUUGAUAAUAGCAAGAAACUCCAAGAAUCUAUUUACUUAGUUGUUCAACUUCAUAAUCAAUAUCGUAGUCAACAUGGUUCCAAUCCUCUAGUACUUGAUCAAAAUCUUUCGAAUAUGGCACAACAAUGGGCUGAUCAUUUGCUUCAACAAUCUCAUUUGUCCAAUAGUGGAUAUGCUUAUCGUGGUAUGAAAGUCGGUGAAAAUUUGGGAAGUCGCUGGUCGAAUGGACCAAUGGAACUUAAUUGUAAAGACCUAAUUGAACAUUGGUAUCAAGAAUCGGAAAAAUAUAAGUUUAACUCUGAGCCGGAUAGUAUUCAAGGCAUAGGUAAUUUCACUCAAAUAGUAUGGUCAAGUUCUGAAAGGAUUGGAGUUGGUAUUGCAAUUCAAUCCUACAAAUCAGGAGAGGAUUUGCAUAAAGAUUCAAAAAUGAUUUUAGUUUGUUUAUAUCAUCCUCCAGGGAAUGUGAUUAGUCAAUUUCAAAAUAAUGUUAAAAAAGCUAUCAAGUAAAAUACAGGUGCAUAAUUUGAACAGUUAAUGAACAAAUAUAUCUCAUUGCAUGCUGCUAUUCUCCAAAAAACCUUUUUUGAAUUCAUAAUAUUUUUUAUUUCUUGUUAUCAUGUUUCUUCAAAAAGUUAUUUUAUGCACCAUCUAGAUAAUUUUGAUAAUCUUUUUGUUUUAUUCAUUUUAAUCUUAUACUACUUGAAAUGUAUCAGUGAUUUUUUUGAUUAUUCUAAACAUUGAAUAUUAGAUAAAUUAAUAUACUUGUAAAACAGUAAUUUCCCUUUACAUCGGUUUCUAGAUGAUAAAUCUUUAAACUAUCGUUUUCAAUAUAUAAAAACAAUUCGCUUGAAUUUACUAAUAACCAAUUAUACUUCAUUGAAGUUCAA